GCGUAGAAAUCCUGCUAUUUCUCUUUUGCAUGCCAUCACUUACUGUCGGCCCGGCUCUACUUUGCUUUGCUUCUUCUGACUCUUCGGAGUCAGCAUAGCAACUUUUAUGGAUUUCAAUCCUCAGAAUUCCCAAAACGCCAAGCUUGAGACACGCAGCUACAGAGGUUCCCCUAGGACGCUUUAUGUAAAUAUCGCGGCUCUCAUCCAAUCCGCUUCUCCCCGCGCUUUCUUCCAGCCAGCCUUUGCCUGCAGCCGCCUUUGCGGGGUAGAAAAACCUGGCAGUCAUUUGGCGGCUGCCGAAGAAGUAAAGGCGUCUGCGAUGACAGAGCCCGCCUCCUCCGGAGUUGCCCUAGCAACCAAGUAAUCCACAUUUAGCGGCAAAGUCUUGCACCGGGUCAGCAACUGGGAGUGGAUAGUAGUAACUGUUUAGGUAACCGCUUCUUGAAGAGUUGAAGGAACGCGAAUUGGGCAGAAGGUGGAGCUAAAGGGCUAGGGGUGGUUGCCUUGGUUUUCACGAGAAUAGGGACGCUAAAAGCACAGGUGGGCAACAGUAAUAGAGAGAAAAUCAACCGGUGCAACAUCUGUCCACGCCUGAAAGCAUUAACUCUGGAAAAUGUCAGAUGAGGAACCGGAUGAUGAAAAUGAUACUGAAGAAGAAGUUGAAGAAAAGAAAGAAGAAAGGGAGGUGGAGGUGGAGGUGGAAGGUGAAGGCGAAGGGGCUGUAGAAGAGGAAGAGCCCCAAGUUUCAACCUCUCUCAAUGAGGAGAUGGUGAAGGAAGGCCUCUCACUUUUAUGUAAAACUGGCAAUGGUCUUGCUCACGCCUUUGUGAAAUUAGAAGUCAGAGAAAAGGAACUGACAGAUGUCACAUUCAUCCAUAAUUUCAUCCAUCUACGGUAUGUAGACUUGUCAGACAACUUGCUCCGUGACCUCUCUCCAUUGGCAUUUCUCAGACAUUUGCUGUGGCUGAAAGUGGAUAAUAAUCGGUUAAUCAGUGCCAGCAUAGAAGAGUUGCCCUACUUGCAGAUUGCAAGCUUUGCCAACAACCACAUCAAGGAUUGUGAUGGCAUUUGCCACCCACGUUUGGUCAGCCUAAACCUGAGAAGCAAUGCAAUUGAGGUACUAUCCGGACUGAAUCCAAAUAUCCUGUCAAAUCUGCACACAGUAGAGUUACGAGGAAACAGUCUAAAGUCUACAGCUGGAAUCUACUUGCCUAAGCUCAAAAACCUGUACCUGGGUCAGAAUGCUAUUAGUCAUCUAGAGGACUUAGAAAAUCUGGAGCAACUCACAACUUUACACCUGCGUGACAAUCUAAUUGAAGUGUUGGAAGGCUUCUCAAGCAACAUGAAAUCUCUUCAGUACCUCAAUUUACGGGGAAAUGCAGUUGCACAAGUACAGGAAUUGGAAAAGUUGCAAGUGCUGCCCAUGUUAAGAGCCCUGGUUUUGUUAGAGAAUCCUUGUUCUGAUGAGGCAGAAUACCGUCUAGAAGCCCUGGUUCUGCUCCCACACCUGGAGCGCCUCGAUAAAGAUUUCUUUGAGGAAGAAGAACGCAAUGAGGCUGCGGAGAUACGUCAACGGCGAAAAGAAGAAGAGUUGGAGUUGCAGAAAGAAAGAGAGAGAGAGAAGGAGCUUGAAGAAGCAGAAGACACCACUCAAGAAGACUUAACGACUGAGUGACAAGUAUAUGUAAGUCCACGGAAAGGAGUAGGAGCUAUAAGCUACCUUCCAGAGUCUUCUUCCCUGUGUUAUACAGCUCUGACCCAGUUAGCACUAAUCUUGUCAUGUUGCAACAGAAGUGUAUUGUAUAGUUCCUGAAUAGAACCAUAGUGGGUAGCAUUUGUGGAUGGUUGUCUGUUCUUUCAAUAAGUUGUGAUUGAAGCAUUUCAAUAAUAAAAAAAAUGAAUCUGA